UUUACCUUUUCUUAUUCGAUCAAUUAAAAUCGCUCCCAAUUCGGUUUCUCUUGAUCUCGCCGUAACGUCGAUUCCGAGAAGAGGAGAAACAUUUGGAAGAAUUUCAAGGGAUUUUGAAGGUGGGGUUUUCUGGGUUAUUCUAGGUUGAAGAAAUGGAGUUGGAGUGUAAUUUCGGAAUACAGAGAUUGGAAUUGGUUGAAUCUCUAAACAUAGAGGAGGAUUCUGUAAUGGAAUCAGGAUAUGGGGAUUUCGGGUGCAGACAUUACAGAAGAAGAUGCAAGAUUAGGGCACCCUGUUGCGAUGAAAUCUUCGAUUGCAGGCAUUGCCACAAUGAAAAAAAGAAUUCAAUGGAAGUCGAUCCUCUUGAUCGUCAUGACGUACCUCGGCACAAGAUUGCGAAGGUUAUAUGCUCUUUAUGUGAUACAGAACAAGAUGUUCAACAGAAAUGUAGAAAUUGUGGGGUUUGUAUGGGGAAGUACUUCUGUACAAAAUGCAAGUUCUUCGACGACGAUGUUUCAAAGAACCAAUACCACUGUGAUGGUUGUGGGAUCUGCAGAACCGGAGGCGAGGAGAACUUCUACCAUUGUUAUAAAUGUGGUUUUCAUGCCCUGUUUGUUCAAAAUCCGUCGGUGAUAUGUCUAGUUUGUGGGAACAGCUUGAUGAAGAGGUGGCUUCUACACCGAUGCCCGAAAUCUAUCAGAACAAGAUGGUAUGCGUACAAUAUAUGAUGUUUGGUUUCUGAAAUUUGGUGGUUUGUCCUUGUAACAAUCAGGUUUGGAUCCUCUGCAACGACUGUGGGACAACUUCAGAGGUUCAUUUCCAUGUAGUGGCACAUAAAUGUUUAAGUUGCAAAUCAUACAAUGUUGGAUUCUUGCAACAAUAAAAGAAACGUCAGAUGUAUAUUAAACAAUAAAUAUAAAGAACCGUAUCAAACAA